AUGAACCAUGAAGGCCAUCACCAAGAUCAGCCUGACUUAGCAAAACUACAUUUCUCCAAAAGCUAUAGGGUUUCAGCCAAGGUGAGCAAUGGUGGGCGAGUCGAAACGCUGCUUCGAAAGGCCAGGGCUGGCCGGACUUCUUUGAACACGAUCCACUACAACGCCGCCAUCAGCAGCUGCAAGCUUACAGGCGACUGGAAAGCUGCGACGAACUGGCUCCGCACCAUGGCGCAGGAGAUGUUGGAGAUCGAUGGCUGCAGCCUCCAUGCGGCCAUUAGCGCCUGCCGAGGCAGAGGGAACUGGGCCUUGGCUGUGCAGCUUCUCUGUUCGAUGGAGCAAAGCCAGGUGCGGCCAGUGGCUGCGCGAUUCGGUGCGACACUGGCGGUUUGCCAAGGCCAUGUGAGUUGGCCCCUGGCGGUGUCAAUCUGGACUGCGGGAUGCACUCGAGCUUCCGACAUGCCUACAGAGGCAGACCUGUCCUUCCUGCAAAAUGGUUUGAGAUAUAAGGUUUCACUUUAUCAGGAUUGCAGUCGGAUGAUUUCGACCCUUCUAAGUCGAAUGCCUUGUUGUAGUAUGGCUGUGACGAUCAUCCUGUGA